GCCUGCAAGCAAAGCACAGUCCAUCUUAAUAGUCCCCGUACUUAUGAUUAUUGUUACGGGCCUGCAAGCAAAGCACAGUCCAUCUUAAUAGUCCCCGUACUUAUGAUUAUUGUUAUGGGCCUGCAAGCAAAGCACAGUCCAUCUUAAUAGUCCCCGUACUUAUGAUUAUUGUUACGGGCCUGCAAGCAAAGCACAGUCCAUCUUAAUAGUCCCCGUACUUAUGAUUAUUGUUACGGGCCUGCAAGCAAAGCACACUCCAUCUCAAUAGUGCUCAUACUUAUUACUACGUGCUUGCUAGCAAAGUACUACAAUACUUGUAGUGAGAUCUUGCCACUUCAUCCAGCUUCAACAGUCACAUCAGCCCCCCUUUUUUAUAGCUGCCUCAGGCAAUGCCUGUAUCAAAAAAUUACAACUUUAUUCUUGUAAAUUUAUGACUGUAUUCUCAAAAUUUCAGAUUAUUAUAAUACUCUAACAGGCAUUGUCUAAGGCAGCUGUGAAGGAGGGGUCUUAUGAGAUCUUUGGCCUUCAGCAAAGGUAAUAUUAUAGCUUUUUUUUUAGAUUUGUUGUAAAUUGACAACUUUAUUCUAUAUAUCUCAGAUAUGUCUACCAGCAUUUUAUAGUCAUUCCACAAAGGUGUAAAACAUACACAGCAGCGGAAUUGAUGAACAUGUAAGUCAGCAGCACACACACGGAAAAGGAACCGCCGCAACUAAGUGUGCUGACGAGCGAGUUAGUCAAGCCCGUCAACACAUUUGAGAGCAGGAAAAAUAACAACUGAUUCCUGCUGACGGCUUGAAGAAGACACAACUUUUCCAUCUCAUCGCUCUUUUUCCUGCCGUCUGAAUUUGAACUCCACGCCGACGGUACAAAGCUGCAGCCAGAGGCGGUCUGGGAAAAGAGAACGAUCAAGUCAACUAAAGUGAUGCAGGAUAAAAAAAGCAGCGAUUGAGCGACGCUCCAGAGGCAGAAGGGCAAAUUAGCCAAACGGCGAGACACCGGCUCCACAAAAGUCUGACAUGUGCACAAAGCAGCAAAUAAGAGCAGAGUAGCCAUAAGGAGGUUGAAGACGGCUUUGAGCCAGUCUCGAACGCGGGAUCUGGGCUGCAUCACGUAGCAUCCGAUCUGCACUCCUGCCAUGUAGAUGGCAACGUAACCCGCGAUGGAGAAUAGCCCCUCCUUGUUAGCAUGCAGGAAGUCCUUUCCUCGGUCUUCGUUGUGCAUGAUGAAAGCCUUCAAGCCCGUUGUCUCCAAAGUGUACUGAUAAACUCCACAGAUGAGAAGACACAAAAGCCACGACUUUCUUGCAGGGACAACAACCAAAAGCAUGGAGGUCAGAACUCUGACAAUAGCCAGCGUGAAGAAAAAGUUCCAGUGGACGCCAUAUUCAGUCACAUGUUCUUGGUAGCUGCUGGUUUUGACAAAGACAAGUCGUGCCGCACCGAGGACGACCAGAGGCCACACGGACAGGAGCUGCUUGGAGAUGUGUUUCAUCUUGGAUCCGGACACGUUCCUCCCACGUGCUUCUGGGCAGACCAGACCGUUGGCCAGGACGAACGCUCCAACCCCAAAGUCCAUCACGCCAGUUCCGUAUGUUUCCGUUUUAGCGUAUCUCCUCGGGAAGACUCUAAAGUCCACGGCGAGAAUACUGAUGGCCGUUUGCACGUUCACCAUCACUCGGAAAACGGUCACAAAGGGAACCUGUUUGAAGUGAACGGUCCCGCCGAGGAAGGCGCUGAGAGUGGUCUGGCACCGUGGGCGGCAGAUGCGGCAAAGCGCACACGACAGCACAAAGGUGAAGCUCAAGACCACCUGAAGAAGAACGUCGCUCAGGACGGUGCACGACAGCACGAGGGGGAGGACCAGCGCUGAGAAAUCCAGAAGCAGAUGAGAAAUGCGCGGGAACGGCAGAGGGAGACGACCCUUGGCUUGAUGGUGCAGGAUCAGGAUGAGCGCUCGGUUGAGGAUGCACAGCGGGGUGAGAAAUGAGCCCACUGCCACUUCCUGUAAAGUUGUUCCGUUGAGAUUACUGACAAAAGCUUCUUUCAGCUCCUUCUCAGACAGAUCCUGCAAACAUGAAAAUAACAAAUUAAUCAUAAUAAGCACACUACAACAUGGAGGCUACUCACUCACAUUAGCCAAGUUUGUUGUCAGUUAAGAUAGUGAUUUGGCGAAGUUUUGCUACUAAUGUUGCAUAGCCUGUGGUAAGCACAAAACAAUGCACGUGCCACGGACAUUCACGUGAAUGCCAAUCCUCAUAUUUAUUGUUCAAUAUGUUAUUUUAACCAACUAUAUCGGUAACAUUAACACUGGCGUUCUUAUAAUGUUUGGUUGGAGGCGAAAAUGUGUAGUUUGGCGAUUUCAGGUGGUUGUGUUUACUUUCACUUUCGCUUAUCUAUUAGGAACUUGUCACGUCUAAAGCCUGGAAACGCCUCCUGAUAAAUGAAGGAUCACUAGCUAGCUAACAUAACAUGUAUGUAUUAUCCAAAGCACUUACCAUUAUGUUGCCAAAAAUCCAGGGCUCAUGUAUGUUCUUGCACGACAAGCAGGAGCGCUACACGCCUGUUUCCGUGUUCUCAAGCGUCGCGUUCCAGGUGCCUCGGAUAUCUGGAUACUUCCGGUUCACGGUACCGGUACCGUUCUUGCGAUUCGACAUGCAGUUAUUCGCUGCAUAAUUGGCUUUUUAAGUUAUUUUCUAAUUUAUAACAAUCAUUUCAAAACAGCGACAUGUCUUAACUGUUCGUAAUGUGAAGAUACAGCUUAGCAAAAUGAGGAAUACUGUUGAAAUUAUAAAGGUAUACGGUGAAAUAUUGAAGAGAGGUGAUUAACAGCUAUCGGCCAUCAUAAAACGAACGCUCUCUACUUACUACGAGCACGCUGGUAGAAUAAAAUGUGUUUGACAACAUCCGCCAUUUUGGUGACGCUUGUGUAACGUCAUCAAUAAGGGCGGGAAUGAGAGUGUGUACUUCAGGAGCUCAGGAGGCAUUCCGGCAGGCCAACCGAGCGGUUGUCCUUGAGGGUGUUUUAAGUAGCAAUGGCAAAAGUAGUGAUUGGUUAUUAUUUUGAUUCGGUUAAUGUUACGAGAAGUUAAGUAUAUUUUACAGUUCCUCGGCUGACCAGACGCUAAACCCAUGAGUUCUGCGAGCGGCCCCAGACGUCAUAUUGGUGCGGGACACAGCAAUGGAGGGGGAAUGGUGCAACAAUGUGUACGGAAGGUUGAUUCCUCCGAUGGCCGCCUUAAUGAAUCGCUGGAGGAUGAAAUGAUUGCCUUCCUCGCUGAUGAUGAAGACCAAUUGCACACGUAUGACGACCUCACCAAAGUCAACCCGGUGACACCAACAACAGUUCUGAGAUGCCUUCAGGCCCGGUACGACAUGAAGGUGUUUUACACCCACGCUGGCUGUACCUUGGUGGCUCUUAACCCCUUCCGGCCCGUUCCUGACCUCUACUCCCUGGAUAUGAUGACAGGCUAUCACUGCACUCCCAAGCUGAAGGAGUCCAAACCACACAUCUUUAUCGUGGCAGAGGAAGCCUACAGGAAUGUCAAGGGUCAGUUGGCGCCCGUGGACCAGUCCUUGGUGGUCAGUGGGGAGAGCGGGGCUGGAAAGACCUGGACCUCACGUUGCCUGAUGAAAUACUACGCCACGGUAGCAGCCUCCCCCUCGGUGCUGGAGAGUCAGGGCACCGUGGAGAGGAUAGAGAGGAGAGUUCUGGACUCCAACCCCAUUAUGGAAGCUUUUGGCAAUGCGUGCACACUCCGGAACAACAAUAGCAGCCGCUUUGGAAAGUACAUCCAGCUCCAGCUUGACAGGUGUCAGCUGCUGGUGGGGGCGUCGGUGCAGACGUAUUUACUGGAGAAGACCAGAGUGGCCUGCCAACCUCCUGAUGAAAGGAACUUCCACAUCUUUUACCAGAUGAUAAAAGAAGCCUCGGAGGCACAGAGAAAGGAGUGGCAUGUCCCGCCCGGUCACCGCUUUGUGUGGCUGCCAAACGCUGAAAAAAGCAUCGAGGAGGAUUCUUUCCACGAGACCGUCGACGCCAUGGUCCACAUGGGUAUCGACAAUGGGAGGCAAGGGCAGAUAUUUAGGGUGUUAGCUGGCAUUCUUCAUCUGGGAAAUGUGGAAUUCUGCGUUUCAGCGGAUGAAUCACAGCCGUGCACCGUAAAGGAACAGUCCAAAGACUCCUUGCAGAAGGCUGCACAACUACUGCAAAUGGCCGCAGAGGAGCUUCAGACGUGUCUAAGCGUGAGGACGCUCAAAGCAGGGAAGCAUAGCGUACAUAAGCCGUGUUCCCAGGCGGAGUGCUGCGUGAGGAGGGACUGUCUGGCCAAAGUCAUCUACGCCCGAUUAUUCGAAUGGCUGGUGACAUUUAUCAACAACAGCAUUUGUGCUCACGAAUCGGCUUGGUGCAACUUCAUAGGUGUUCUAGAUGUUUAUGGUUUUGAAUGUUUCCAAAUCAACAACUUGGAGCAAUUGUGUAUCAACUAUGCCAACGAGAAACUCCAGCAGCACUUUGUAACCCAUUAUCUACGAGCUCAGCAGGAGGAAUAUGUAUCGGAGGGAUUGCAGUGGUCCUUUGUCAAAUACCAGGACAACCAGAGCUGUCUGGAUCUUCUUGAAGGAAGUCCCAUCAGUGUGUUUUCCCUUCUCGACGAGGAGAGCCGCCUUAAUCGAGCCUCCGAUGCCAAGGUGCUCAGCGUCCGCUUGGAGAAGGAGCUUAGUGAUAACGGCAGCAUCGGCUGGGAUAAAUUCAGCACAGUGCCGCACUUCACCGUGGGCCAUUAUGCUGGCAAGGUCAACUACAGGAUACAAGGCAUGGUGGAGAAGAACAAGGACCCGGUGGCACCUGAGAUCAUCGGCAUCCUCCAGAGGUCUGACAAUCCCCUGCUUCGGCGUAUUUUCGCAGCCAAGGAAGCAGAGACGUCGCAGAGCAAGGGGCUCAGCAAAGUCACCGUCGUCUCCAAGUUCAAGAACUCUCUGGAGAGCCUCAUGAGCAUCCUCCACGCCACCACUCCUCAUUACACGCGCUGCAUUAAACCCAAUUCCGACUGUAAGCCGUCCAUCUUCAGAAAAGAGGAGGUGAUCACGCAGUUGGAGGCUUGUGGGAUAGUGGAGACCAUUCAUAUAAGUGCUGCUGGCUUCCCUAUAAGAAUUCCUUUCAAGUGCUUCAUGCAACGCUAUGGCGCCAUUUUGAAAUACUUCAAUUUCCACUCACAAACCCCUCAUCACGCCCAGGCUGCCAGCGACAAUGAUGUUCUUCAACAGGAGGUGCAGAAGGUCCUGGACCUGGUGUUGCAACACCCAGCACACAAGAUGAAAAGUGAGGCCAAGUCUUUGGUGCAUCUUGGAAGGACCAAAGUGUUUCUCACUCAUUCCAUGCUGGAUUUACUGGAAGAUGAGAGGAAGAAGAUCCUCUCAAAGUGUGCCUUCUCCAUUCAGUGCUGCUGGAUGCGGUACCAGCGCCGCAGACGCCGCGAGCGACGACAUUCUGCUACCCUGAUCCAAGCAGCGGUGAGGUCUUGGCUGGUCAGGAGGCGGAUCCAGAGAUGGGAUAGAGCAGCAGCACUGAUCCAGAUAUCCUGGAGGAAGUGGAGGGCACUCUUAAAAUCUUUGGCUGAAGCGGAGCUUGAUAAUGCAGAGGACCUCACGCCGGAGGCCGGGCCAGAACCAAAGCCAAUUGGGGAGCUGGGCUCCGUGCGGCUUUCAACCCUCCAGGAACCCGUCACGGUGCGAGGCUGGCCCUUGGGGCUGGCAAUGGCGUCUGCGCCGUCCGUCACCGUGUCUUUGACCGCCACGGGCUUCCAGAAGAUGAAGUCGGUGGUGGCUUCUCUUAAACUGCCCUCAAGGAGAGGAGAAUACAAGGUGGAGACCAACCAAAAUAUGCAGGGGGUCGCCUCCAUUAGGGCUCAACCAAAGGGAUCCGUAAAGCUGCACUGCCAGCGGUCGCCCCUCCUCUACGCCGACAGGCAGCCUGAGCUGAGGAAUGGCGUGACGGGCUUCAAUGAAAUCCUGCUUGAGAAGACUCUCUAGCAGGAGUGUCCACACUUUCUCCACCAGAAUGGAAUCUAUUAAUGAUGUAAAUCAUUAAUAUCUUUACAAUAUGCCAAAGGUCUAUAAAAAUGGGCUGAAAAUGGCUCUCGGGUCACAUUUUGGACACCCCUGCUCGAUGGUUUAUAACACUAGAUGAUGUCACUGCUGCCUUCAAAUGAGACUUGUAUGGCUCUGAUUUGUGUGACUUGUUAAAAUCUACACAUAUUACUGUUAAUGAUGGGCACACACACACACACACACACACACACAUUGUGUGUCUGUAGAUGUCAACAUAGUAUUUUGCUUUAAUAUAUGAGGGCCAAAGUACAGUGGGUGUGCAUGCAUUGCACGUCCAAAGCACAUAUUGCACAAACCACACACACACAUGCUCACCUUCUGCAACGUGCAUGUCAAUCAGGGAAAGAAUGAAUUUUGGUUUAGUCCAUCUGCUGCUUUAAAAUAUGCAAAGUAUUAUUGCACACUAGUGUUAUAUAAGGGAAAAAUGCUCUGGUAAUUCUUUUUUUUUUAUAUAAUUUAAAUAUACUGCAGUAUAUUUUUACUAAAAAUGUAUAUCAUUGUAAGGGUUAUAAUGUCUAACUGUUUGGAGAGUGUAAAGAUAUAAUGUCAAAGAAAUUGAGUCAUUUAAUUGGCUGCUUUGUAAAAAAAAAAAAAAAAAAAAGUACAAUACAUAUACAAAAAAAAAAAUCUGAUACAUUUACCCGUCCAUGUCCUCACUGACCGCCUGUGACUGAGCUUUGUUUUCUACAACCUUCAAACAUUGAUCUGAAAACUCCACAAAUAGGGGCUCCUGCAUGGCCGCCUUCAUUGCCUCCUCUUUGCUGUCUGCACUGUCAACGGCCCGUAAUAGCUGUCUUAGGUGGGGGUUGCGAAGCAGAUCCUUCAGCUCUUCUGACUGACCUGUGGAAAAACAAAACACAGCACAGCGCCUUACUCACAUCUAUUUAAAAAAAAAAAAAAAAGUAGAAGAGAGAGACAUGGAGUUUUGAACUCAUACCCAACAGCUGCAACCUCUCUGGGGGUACUAUAUCAGGGAUGUCGUCUUCCUGCAGGAGAUCCUCCACACUCCGCGUGUCUGAACAGAAUGUCAUUUUUAAAAUAGUGCACCGUUUUCCAUAAAUACGCAUUAUCUUUUAGGAGAUCAUCCUUUUAGCUUGUCAGUGCAAAGUUUGCUGACACUUAAAUCUAUGUAGGACUAAUGCUGACAGAAUUAUGUCUUCUACCCUUUAGUCGGUUUGUUUACUUGCUUGACAUGGCUUGGAUCACGUAUGCAGGAUUAAGUAAACAUACCAGUCCCGCUAGCAUCCUUUCCUUCAGGAACGGAGGGUUCAGGCUGCUUCAGGGGAAGACAAGAGUCUAGGGACACACAAUGGAUGGGUAUGGUAAUGGUAAUGAUUUUAUUUCAUUUGAACAUGCAUCAGAUUACAAUUGAAUGCAUCACAAUCAGUUCACAGUUCCACAUGUCCAAAAGGAGUAGGAAGCUUAUUAUAUCCUACCCCUCCAUCUGGUACUUUUACAAUCAGUAACUGUUACAUUUGUUCACUUCCUGCUACAGUUUUUUUUAAGUAUUGCUCAUUAAACCCACAUAAUGUGGAUUAUCUAAUAUUGAAACUACUGUUAAACCAAACUAGAUGCCCGUAACGUACCUUUAUGUCUCUUGUAACAGGAAACCGAACAACUGAAAAAGAAAAUGCACUUAUUUCAUGUAUAAAAUCGUGUAAUAAUACAUACUAAGACUUUUCAAACAAGGUGACGCGCAGUAGCUGCAAACAACAAAUUCAUGUUAAAGUACAUUAUUGAAUUGACCAGCAACUUAAAUGUGUUUGAUUUCUUUUCUUUUAAAUUGCACUGUUCACACACCAACCAAACAAGUGUGGCACACGUGUUUAAGCUAGCAUCGAGGAUAAACAACGGUUUCGGUGACUUACUAUCUUAUUUUGCAGCAUGGACAUCUGUAUUUUGGCGUCUGUUCACUACACACGCUGCACACUUGCAUCGUGAUACAAUAUAAAGGCUUUUAUCUGAAGAAUAAUGUAUAGCCGUUUACACCAGGAAGCUAGUAACCCGGAAACAUUCAAUUGUAUUUCCGCUUUACCUUACCUUCAAAAUAUAAGCACUUAAACGCACUUGGAUAGGGGGAUACCGUACGUUGUCGAGAUUGCGGUCAUGUAGAUACGAUUAAAAAAAACGGAUGAGUCCGUAUUUUCAUAGUUUUGCCUUUACAACACACCUAGGUAAUUACGAUAAUUACAGCGCCCUCCGCCUCUUCCGAUAUGGCAAGCCACGCCCCACGUAAACACACGCACGCGCAGUAGUUAUUUGACAGCUAAUGUUUGCUAUGGCUAAAGUUGAGCUACUAUAGCUUUCAUUGAAUGUUAAGCCUACCAUAACAAUGACUCCCAAGGAAAUUGUUUCGAAU